AUGUCAGUACAUCCCCCAGAGGACGUCUUAUCUUGUGACACAAACAUGCUCAUUUUCAUCAACACACAUACUCGACUGAAGCGAGAGUACUGAGAUCAGUGACUGAAGUGUAUUUUACAAUGGAGGAAGACGGCAAAGAAACCAUUUCAAUUAGAGAGAGUAAAAGACGGGAACGUCAAGCAGGAUGAGAGAAGUGCUACACCUGGUGGAGAGAGAUCGUAAGACAGAAUGUAAACACAGUCGCUACAGUCCCAUUAGUUUUCUUUGUGCGGUUGCGCACAUUUGUACGGAAUGGGCCUUGGAGAGCCCAGAUAUUGGUAUUGGCUUAUGUGGGUGGAUCAUUGUCGGAUUAUCCAUCCUUCUGAUGCUCGCGACUCUGCCUCUCUCCAUAUGGAUGUGUAUUAAGAUUGUGAAGGAGUAUGAGAGGGCCAUCAUCUUUCGCCUGGGGCGGAUCCUACGAGGAAGAGCUAAAGGACCAGGCCUGUUCUUCAUCCUGCCGUGCACAGAUAAUUUCAUCAAUGUGGACAUGCGCACCAUCACCUUCGACAUCCCCCCACAAGAGGUUCUGACUAAGGACUCAGUGACGGUCAGUGUUGAUGGAGUGGUGUACUACCGUGUUCAGAAUGCCACCCUGGCUGUGGCCAACAUCACCAACGCUGACGCUGCCACCAGCUUGCUGGCACAGACCACCCUGAGGAACGUCCUGGGCACCAAGAACCUGGCUGAGAUCCUGUCUGACCGCGAGGAGAUAGCCCACAGCAUGCAGACUACCCUGGACGACGCUACAGAUGACUGGGGUAUCAAGGUGGAGCGGGUGGAGAUCAAGGACGUCAAACUGCCCCAGCAGCUCCAGAGGGCCAUGGCUGCAGAGGCCGAGGCUAGCCGCGAGGCCAGGGCAAAGGUGAUAGCAGCAGAGGGGGAGAUGAACGCUUCGCGGGCUCUGAAGGAGGCCUCUCUGGUGAUCGCUGAGUCUCCAUCGGGCUUGCAGCUGCGCUACCUGCAGACCCUCAACACCAUAGCUGCCGAGAAGAACUCUACCAUCAUCUUCCCCCUGCCAAUGGACAUGAUGCAGGCCUUCAUGAAGAGAGACUGAAGGGAGCCUGUUGGGUGCUGUGUGAGUGCUGUUACACACAUACAGUACACCCACACGAAACAAACAUUCCCACAUAUAUCAUAGUGUGCUGCUUUCCCUUGUGCCAAACAUUAUGUCAAUGCCAGCUGAUGCAGAGGACGCUAGCUAAAGAGCUUGGUUGAGCUUUAUGAGUCGAAGUACUUAAUGUAAAUGUUUUGUGUAUUAAGACAAUAUUCUGUAUUGUGAGUUCCCAUUGAAUGGAACAGAGAAACAGGAUUUGAACAAAAACAAGGGAAACUGCGUCGCCACUCGCCGGUACUACUGAGGUGUGGUGUUUCCAGCCCUGCUAUGAGACCAGGAUGUACUAGGGACCCUGUCUGUCUGUCUGUCUGUCUCCAUGGGAAGCAACCUCUUUACUAUGGCCAUUUAAGCAGCUCACAGCCUUAAAUCAUUGCCAUGGAGUCGAUGUACUCAUCUCACACAGUUUCUAUGCAUACCUGGAUGGAAAUUGUAAAUUGUAAUUGUUUUAAUAGCAGUAUUUACAGUACCUAUGCAGUAUACACUACUGUAUAAUACAUGGUAUGUGUUAUACACUGAGUAUACCAAACAUUAGGAACACCUUCCUAAUAUUGAAUUGCACCCCCUCAAAACAGACUCAGUUCGCCAGGGCAUGGACUCUACAAGGUGUUGAAAGCGUUCCACAGGGAUGCUGGCCCAUGUUGACUCCAAUGCUUCCCACAGUUAUGUCAAGUUGACUGGAUGUCCUUUGGGUGGUGGAUCAUUCUUGAUACACACGGGAAACUGUCGAGCGUGAAAAACCCAGCAGCGUUGCAGUUGAUGACACAAACCGGUGUGCCUGGCACCUACUACCAUACCCCGUUCAAAGGCACUUAUAUUUUUUGUCUUGCCCAUUCACCCUCUGAAUGGAACACAUACACAAUCCAUGUCUCAAUUGUCUCAAGGCUUAAAAGUCAUUCUUUAACCUGUCUCCUCCUCUUUAUCUACACUUAUUGAAGUGGAUUUAACGAGUGACAUCAAUAAGGGAUCAUUGCUUUCACCUGAAAUGACCUGGUCAGUCUGGCAUGAAAAGAGCAGGUGUUCUUAAUAUUUUGUAUUGUCAGUGUAUUCUGGUGUAUAGUGUUACUGUAUGUGUGAAGGAGGACAUAGUUACAUUAUUUCAUGUUACUAAACCACUCUGUUGUAACCUAUUAUUCUCAUAUUGAAAUGAUUUCUUAUCAUGUUUAUAUUUUCAUAUCCUUAUCAUGUUUAUAUUUUCAUAUCCUUAUCAUGCAAACUUGCUGUUGAACAGUUUCUAUAAAGGUCCAUGUUGAUUACGAUGAAUUGUAAAUGUAUUGACAUACAUUUGAAACUGAACUUUUCUCUUCCACUGUUGUCCUUCAAAGCCAUAUUGUUAUGUUCACUAUGAUUCAGCCUUUAAAUAAAAAUGAUAUACACUUUACAUGAUAUAUAUGAUGGAGACAACA